GUUGCUGUUGGUUUAGAUUUCAACUUGAGUCCGUGAAUCGUGUAUCUGUGUGUGAAUGAAUUUCGUUAUCUGUUAUUUACAAUAAUUAUUAUUUCUCUGUUAGAAACGAUAAGCAAAAACUAAUUCAAACACAGCAAACAUUGUGUUUACUAUAUUAAGUUGACCUUGUACAUGGGGCAAAGAAGUUUAAAGUGAGCAAUCAGAUCAAUCCUGGCCAAUAAAUGUUGUGUUUCUAAUUGUGGUUGAAAUUGCCAAGCAAAGAAGGCAAAAAAUAUAUCAAGUGGAAAAUUAGUUAUUUCAAGUUCAAAUCAAUUAAAAGAAUUUGAAUCGAUUUGUGAACAACUUCUACACUAUAUACUAACCUUAAUCGGAAAUUCGGCAAUAUGGACGAUGAAGUGAUUUUAAUACGGGAUAGCGACGACGACAGCUGCCAUACUUGGAUCGAAGAGGAAAGUGAAAGUCGCGGCCAGCUGACGCAGAACCACUCACACCACAUUACAAGCUUGUUCGUCAAUCAUUGGGUGAAUGGUAAGGUCAAGCCGGUAAAGGAACUGAACCUGGCAAAACAAAAAUACGUCGGAGGCCUCAAGGAGAAGCAGACAGACAGUCCAACGAUUGUUUUCGAAAAAACCGACGACAAAGAGAUGGACAUAAAGAAGCCGAAGACGGAAUCCUCGAAAGGCACUAAUAGAGACGAAAAUCAUAACCAUCGAUCUGGCCCUAAGAAGCAUCAUUCGUCUCAUCAUGGUUCUGCAACUUCAUCUCGUUCACAUCAUUCUUCACUGAAAUCGCAUCGUUCGUCACAUCACGAUGCAUCAGCCUCACUGAAAUCGCAUCGUUCGUCACAUCAAGAUGCAUCAGCCUCACAGAAACCAUCUUCAAGUAAAGCUAAAUCUCCGAAUAACAAGGAUUUAAAAAGGCGUUCAACUUCGUCAGAUCACAGUCAUUCUAACAAGAAAAUCCGUUUAUCCGACGAACGAACCGUGCAGCAUAACAAACAAACUGGAACCGGACAAUUGCCUUCCACUGGGGCUUCAACACCGUUAAAAGAAGUAGAUAUGUUCGCCAGUAGUUUACCGAAAUUUAAAAUACCAAAGCUUAGUAAGCCCCAAGUCAAGUUUUCCAAUGAAUCAACAUCAAAAACAAACUCGUCCGUGGGAUUAACAUUGGACACCAAAAAAGCGUCAUCUCAUUUGUCAAUGAACGAACCACAUAAAGAAAGACCCAUGUCGAAGGUACCUGAACGUAAUAGUUGCAGUACAUCCAGUUCUACGAAACCGCAUUCAACGUCAACAAACACCAAAGAAUCACGUAAAGAAAAAAUGGUAACGAAGGCACCUAAGCAGAUUGAUAGCAGUUCAUCUAGUGCGCCGAAACAACAUCCACCAUCAGCACACUCACGCAGUACAACGUCGAAAAAAGAGCACCGCAAAGGGAAAACACACGCGAAUGCGUCUGAACUUAAUCGUACAUCUAGUACUUCGAGAAAAAAUGCAUCUAAAGCAAAUACGUCACCUUCACUGCCGUCAAGAGCGCAUUCAUCCAACAAAGACACCCCAACAGUUCACUCGUCAAAAGAUCCGCACUCGUCGAAAGAAAAAUGCUCAGAAAGAAAAAGAGAAUCGACUGUACCUGAACUUGAUGAUAGUGUGGCUGCUGAAAUGAGCCCAAAGGUUGUUUUACAGCCAAUCAAAUUAAAUUUUUUGAAUCGAAAUUCUUCUGCGACUGAAGAUGACGAGGAAGAGGUCAAUAUUAGUGGUUAUACUAUGGUGCAGAGAAAAAAAAAAUUAAUAUUGAAACAAAACAUAGUCAUACAACCCAAAGAUCAAGUUUCUUCUACGAAAGUUGUUGCAGAUGAAGCUGACUCUCAUCAAGUUAGUACGAGUACAGAUGUUUAUAACACCGAUGACAAUGCUGUCACUAAUGAAUUUGAUGAAGCCAAUGAAAUUGACGCUGAUGGGGUUGAUGUCGCCGAUACAGUUGCUGCCACCGAGGCUGUUGUUGUUGUCGAUUCAGUCGCCGGUGAAUUUGCUGAUGAAUCAAUCCAAUCGCAAAUUGGCUCGUCACAACCAUUUAUGUCUGAUUUCUGUGCACAGAAGAACGACGAUGAAACUAAGGAACGUGUAGUGCAAUUAGAAAAAAAAAUAAGAGAGCAAGAGCAUGAGAUUGAGCGCUGGAAAACCAACAAUGAGGAGCUGAGACUGGUGGUUAAAGAACGGGAAAAGAGGAUAGCAGAACGUGAUUCCAUGGUUACAGAACGCAACUUGCGAUUAGAGGAUCGCGCUCAAAAAAUACAUGAGUUGGAGGCGGAGAAACAGCAACAGAAAAUCACGAUAGAUCAAUUGGACCACGAGUUAAAGCGUUUCAAACAGCAAGAGAUAACACUGGUCGGUUUGUUGAAAGAAAAAGCGGAUGAUUGUACGCAAAAUCACCGACCCAAAGCUAAGACGAGAAAGCGAAAAAUGUCAGAGUUGAUACUGCAACAUGAAAAAAUUGCGACCAUGAACAUCCCACCACAAGCAAUGAGACUACAAGGGGACGCACGCACUUCUCCACCACAACAUCGCUACAUUCUUCCUACAUCUACUUCUGUUAGCGGUGCGACGUUUAAUUGCAAUCGUCCUACAAUCACCGCUUUGCUUGCAUCGUCAACUCAACCUCCAACUUUCAAUCAAACUGUCUAUGCUAAUGCAGUGAAUUCGGCUUCUCAAAAUUCCAAUUCACUUGCCUACACAACCCAGCCAUCUAAUUCAAUUAGCUAUGCGAAUUCUACUGUAAUAAACAGCGAAGCUGGCCCUUCUUCGAGCACUCAAACCCCAUCCACUUUAACCGGACAACAAGGUUAUGGACAAAUUCGAAUUCAAGCAGAAAAUUUAGAUUAUACUGUAAAUGUGGAGCAACAACCACCGCUUGAUAUCAUUCAAAACCGAUUUGGACCACCUUCUGCAUCCCAAGUGGUUCGUACGCAAUUGACGAACCCAGUGACAAUGCAAUCUGAAUCACCGCAUAAUGCAACUACUUUCGGCAACGUACCCCUUACUCCGCAUCAAAAACUACCACAACAACCGGUAAGGAGGUCAUCGAUGUAUAUUAGAACAAAGACAACACCUUGCAACGUCAACAACAACUAUAAUCGUGAUUCAGUUGCAAUGGAUGGUGUGCUAGCUCAGAGAUCACGCAGAAUUAUGACGCAUGCGCCCGGAACAGAGGAUGGUGUGAUGUUGCAGCAAAGACUGCGUAAGUUUCAUGCUGAACAACUGCAGCAACAACAACAACAAUUGCAGCAGCAGCAACAACAACAACAACAACAACAACUGCAGCAGCAGCAACAACUGCAGCAACAACAACAACUGCAGCAACAACAACAACUGCAGCAACAACAACAACUGCAGCAACAACAACAACUGCAGCAACAACAACAACUGCAGCAAAAACAACAACUGCAGCAACAAAAACUGCAACUUCAACAACAUCAACGACUUCAACAACACCAGCGGCUUCAACAACAACAAUCACAACAACUUCAGCAACAACAAAAAAAGCAACAACCAAUUUUUGUCCACGGUUCGACAUUUCUGACGUCUCAGUCCUCAGUGAACAAUGAGCCGGUUUUUUUCUGUCUGGGAUGUCAAAAAACUGCCACUAUGGUAUGCGCGACAUGUAGAAAUUUCACUUCAUGUGAUCCAUUUUGCAGCCAAGUGAUCGCUCAAAAGCACAAAAAUGAAUGUGCCACCCCAAAUAUGGUUAGCAUUUCCAGUCUCUAAGUAAAUUUUUUAUUUGUUUUAGUGAAUAUAAGAAUUUUUAUUUUAAAUAUAAACGAGGUUUAUAACUCUGAAUUAUUGGAAUUUUCAUAGAAGAUAUUUUCUAUAUUUGAUUUAAAUUAGGACUCUUAAUGAUUAUUUCUUAAGUGACAUUUAUAUUUUCUUUGUGUU